UGCCAGAUCAGCAGUGCCACGUCAGUCACAGUGCCACGUCAGCAUGACGGGUCCAGCUCUGGGCGUGCCAGGCCAACUGGCCAACGAGUCUCUGGCCGAGUACAAACGGCGGUUCCAGGCCCAGAUCGCUCUGAUCGAGGCUGAGGAACAACGCCAGCUGGCAGCCGCGGCUGCCCGCCUACAGGCUGAAGAAGCGGCAGCAGCAGAGAAGCUGCGGCUACAGGCCGAAGCAGACGCAGAUAACCAGGCUCGCCGCAAGGAAGCCCAGGAUCUGCUGCAGCGGCAUGAGACCACAAGCAUCGAAAGACUGAAGUUCUGGCACUUUGAACCAAACCGCGACGACGGAACACCGGAAGAGCAGCAUAAGGAGUUCCUCUCCAAACUCGUGACACGGUUGUUGUAUGCUUGCAACUACCAACGGUCCGAGUUGGAGAGACAGAACCAGGAACUGCAACAGCUGUUCCAGGAUCUGAAGCAACAGCACCAGGAGUUGGCGAACCUCCGCCGGAUAGUGCAGAGCCAAGAGGAUGCGACACGGGCACUCAAUGCCCGUGUACUGGACCUGGAACAGGCUGUACCAGGACCAGGUGCUGGUGCCUCCAGCAGUACACCCUCUAGCCGCCAACUGGAGGAACGCGUUGACCACGUAGUAGCAAUGCUCAGCGAUAUCAGCACCUUCGCUGCACCGACCACCAUCAGCAGUCAGCUGGAGGCAUUGAAGACCGAGGUCCAGCAACUGCAGUCGACGAACACAGAUGGCAAUCCAAAGCAAUACAAAAUGCCAACUUUCCAACUGGAAAAGUUCGACGACUACACACAUCAGGAUCCGGUCCUCUGGUGGGAAGCGUUCACGACGCAACUUCGGAUUCUGCCUGUCGCCAAACACGCGUACAUCGGCGCCUUGUUCAUGAACUCAAAGGGAGGAUGCCAGAUCUGGUUGACUCACCUGGCAGCCACCCACGGCAUCGACGUCGCGGAUCUGAAGGACAAGAUCACACGGGAAGAGUUGACACGGCUGUGGAAGAAGCAUUUCGUCGUCGACAACGCACCAGCACUAGCAAUCAACCGUCUCUUCACCAUGUCUCAGGGCAACACAGCAACACGUGACUGGCUCACGGAAUGGCAGAAGAUCGCGGCAGUGCCCGAUCUGGACUUACCAUUCACGCAUUUACGCUGUGAGUUCUACAACAGGUCAUGUGCUGCACUGAGCCAGGCACUUGGUGAUCGCGAGCAAUACACCACCUUCGCUGAGAUCAUUGAUAAGGCAAGGGAGAUCAUCAAGACCAACAGCAACGUGCUCAAAGCACAAUUGCGGGAUUACUUGCACACUGCAGUACCGACUCCGUUGAUGGACGCCGGAGUAGAGGUUGUCGACCUUCACACCUACAUUGCGAAGAUCGACCGCGAGUUCAAGAUGCAACGCCCGAGUUUGGAGGAGCAUGUAGAACACCUGCGCACCGUUUUGGAGCGGCUACAACAAGCCAAGUACAAAACCAACCGCGACAAGUGCGAAUUCGCGCGACAGGAGCUGGAGUACUUGGGACAUUAUGUGACGCCGCAAGGCAUCCGUCCGCUUGCGGACAAGAUCGAGGCCCUACAAGAUUGCUGCACCUAUGAUGAGGUUACAGUCGCCAAAGGUGCCAUUCUAUUCGAUGACGACGCACGCCGAUCAUUCCAAGCACUCAAGACGGCCAUGCUCAUGGCACCCGUCCUUAGCAUUUAUGACCCCGUCCUACCUACGAGAGUGACAACGGACACUUCCGGCAAUGGCAUUGGGGCAGUCUUGGAACAACACGACGGCGACCACUGGCACCCUGUGGAGUAUUUCAGCCACAAAGUGCCUCCCAUCAACUCGCUCGAUGAUGCAAGGAAGAAGGAGCUGCUUGCAUUCGUCAUGGCUCUCAAGCGAUGGCGGCACUUCCUCCUUGGGCGUCGUAGGUUCACAUGGGUUACGAACAACAAUCCAUUGACCUACUACAAGACGCAGGAUACGGUGAGCAGCACGAUCGGAUGAUGGAUGUGUACUUCAUCGACCAAUUUGACUUCACACCGAAACAUCUUCCCGGCCUCCGAAAUC